UCCUGCCUUUAACACCAGCAUGGCAGCGCCCUUAGCGCUUCAUCUCGAGUUUGGAGGAGGCGCAGAGCUUCUAUUUGAUGGUUUGAAGGAACAUCAUGUGACUCUUCCAAGCCAAUCAGAACCCUGGGACAUGAAGCAGCUGCUGGUGUGGAUUCGGCGGAACCUGCUGAAGGAGCGAGCUGAGCUUUUUAUCAAGGGAGAUACUGUGAAACCGGGGAUACUGGUGCUCAUCAACGAUGCGGACUGGGAGCUCAUGGGAGAGUUGGACUAUCACCUACAGGACCAAGACAACGUGGUGUUCAUUUCCACUCUCCACGGAGGCUAGCGGGACACGGAGGAGCACCGAUCAGCCCAAGGACCGAGAGACAGCGUCAUCCUCUCCCCCGUCCUGCCCGGUUUCAAUCACAAAAAUAAAAAAGGAAAAUGAAAGCGGCUUUAUUCGACAUUGUGUUCUUGCGACGACUCGUACGCGUCACACCGAGUCGGUCCUCUGCAUCCUGCGGUGUAGGAGCAGAGGACAGCAGCGGCUGACCUGAGACGUGUCUCCGGUGGACGAGUUGGGUCUGCUGAUCAGCUUGGUUCGUUCCUCUGUGUGUUCUUCAGCCCGGUGACAACACGAUGAGGACCUGAGAGGUCCGCAGAAGAUAUGAAGGACACCUUAUAUAUGGACUGUUACGAAAGUCUCGGCCUCUUGUCCACAGCCUUCCUAUACUCCCUAACCCUCACACAAUAUGGAGGCGCUCCAAGGCCAGCUGCACCAGACAGGCACACCCCCUUGAUUGGUGUGUGUGUGUGUGUGUGUGUGUGUGUGUGUGUGUGUGUGUGUGUGUGUAGAUGUUAAAAGUGACAUUGAUUCCUUGACUAAUUCAACAGCUUCAGUGAAGAAUUUGCAGAGGACUUUAAAAAACAUUUUUUUUAAUAAUUUUAAUGCCCAGCGCAUAUAUGCAUUGUACAACCACAGUAUUCUAACAUUUGUCACAAAACAAAUAAACUUUGAUUUUUAA